CCCUAACGCCCGCUGCAACAGCCCCUAGAACCGCCCGAAGACCGCCUGUGACACGCUGCCGCCUGACUAAGGCAGCCGCUUCCCGUCCCUCUCUGAUCAAUGCAUCCGUCUCCGACGUUCCCUUGAAUUCUGUCUCCUCGUUCGCCACCGCGGGUCUGCAUUGAAACCUGAGUUCCUUGUCUUCUUCUUUGUUGCUUAUUUCUCCUGGCUGAACGCAGUCGAGCUUGUUGCUUUGCUCUGCGCCCUACAUCCCUAGGCUUGUCUCCUUGCCUGUGCUGUGAUUACCGAGUACCUAGUCACGAGGCCAAUCUCGGAGGCAGCCCGACACCACUGGACACCACUGGACACCACUGCCGACACCGCCAACCCAUCUCCCUCUCGCAUCCCCAUCGUCGGCUCAUCGUCGACUCCAUCUAAUCCAUCAUGGCUGGCGGAUACGAACGAGUACGUGUCAACGCUCAGGACGACGACGCCAACAGCGCUGUCGACGCUCGAAGCCUCCGUCCCAUCCCCAACUCGCCUCCUCCCUCCUUCCAUUCCCGCGCCUCCUCGACCUCACGCCAACGCAGCGUCGACCCCGACCUGGCUGACGCAUUCGACGACGAUGACGACAGCGACGACGAAAUCGACGACCGCCGCCGCCUGGUGCGCCAGAACUCGACCCCAGAUGCCUCGUCAUCCGAGAACGUGAGCACUUGGGAGCCACCGUCUCAACCGCCGCCCCGGCCAGCCCCUACGUCGUCCGGAUCACGGCCCCGAGUCGUCGGCGGCGGCGUUGGCUCCGACGGAGUGUUUGCCAACCUUUCCGCGCGACCCGAGCGGGGAGAUCCCGAGAAGGAAAAGGACGAACUACCUCCUUCCUACGAGCAAGCAGCCGCUGAUGCUGCUCCCCCAUACUGGGAAACAACGAUCCUUGCCCCGGGCAUGGGCGGCGGCGACGAAGUCUAUGUCGACGGCAUGCCCGUUGGGUCCUUCUUCUCCUUUGUCUGGAACGGCAUGAUCUCGACGGCCUUCCAACUCGUCGGCUUCCUCCUCACCUAUCUCCUACACUCGACCCACGCCUCCAAGAACGGAUCCCGCGCCGGUCUGGGCAUCACCCUUAUCCAAUUCGGCUUCACCAUGAAAGGCGCCUCCGAAGACGAACCACCCACGAUGAACGGCCCCGACGGAUAUGCCGCACCCCCGGACCCCAACUCGCACGAAUUUAAACAGGGCGACGUCACGGAUGGUGAAUGGGGCAGCGUCAGCGGUGCCGAGUGGCUUGGAUAUGUGCUCAUGGUUGUUGGAUGGUUCCUCCUCAUCAAGAGCGUGGCCGAGUUCCUACGGGUACGUCGCCACGAGCAGUUGGUUCUCCAGAGCCCUGACCGAGGGCUGGGCGUUGCCGUUAUUGCUGAGGGUGAGACCACGGAGCGCGUGGUUUAACCGGAUUUGAAGUAUAAUGCGAUACCAACAUGGUCUACCGUUACUGUACAUUAUUACAUCUGUGCCGAGACACUACGUUGCACUCAUGGGCGUUUUGGAGGUUUCUGGGUUGGAUGGAAGGGCUGGAUUUCUGGGUUUUUCUACUAUACAUGUCAGUCGCACGUCCUGUCUCGCCGAGAUGGAUUCACAGUCAAACGACCAAAGAUUUCCUUACGAGGCGUAUUAUUAAACACCUGUUCACGCAUAGAUGUGGCAGUUAUAUUGCCGUAAUUUACUGGUGCAUGUUCUAGACUCGCC